AUGGCUGAGGAAGGCGCUUCUCUGCCUCACAGGCAGGAACUGAUCGUGCUGGCCGGCGUAGUCGGGUCGGGAAAGUCCACACUCUCCCAACGGUGGGAACAACUGAUGAAGGGAUGGGUGCGAGUCAACCAGGACGACCUGGGAGACCGGAGGACUUGCGAGAACAUGGUUCGAACGAGGCUUGGCGAGGGAUACUCUGUACUCGUCGACCGGCAGAACUUUGACGCCGGGCAGAGGAGGACUUGGGUGGAAAUCGCGAGCGAGUUCCCGGAUGUCGAAGUUGGCUGCAUGGUCAUGGGCACGAGCAAGCAGGACUGCCGGGAACGCCUGCUCGUCCGGCAAGACCACCCUACUAUCGACAAUCCCGACCUUGCGGUCCAACUGCUUGACAAGUUCUCCUCGCUUUGGCAAGAACCGACGCUCGGCGAGGGCUUCGACCGCAUCAUUACCCUUCCACCCCUUCCUCCGCCCGCCGAAGUCGACGCCGCUCUCAUCCAAUCCCUCCUCGACCUACUUCACGCAUCUACACUGAAUCCCUCCGCUCGACAACAAAGACAACCUCGGCCUCGAGAACCGUACAGACGGCCUGACGGCUUCGUCGAUGACGGGACAUGGCGUCCACCGCCGCGUGCAACGUACGGGCAGCGAGGGGGCUUUUCGCAGGGUGCGCAGUAUCAGCAAUCACCUGGUGGCGGAUACGGGUACUACGGCUCAGGACGUGGAGCAGGCUACUCAGCGGGAGGAGGCUGGCAAGGCUAUGGGUCGAAUCCAGCUGCUUACGGUGCGGGGUCAGUGCCGUUCGGUGCGGGGCAGGCUGGAUAUGGCUCUUAA